AUGUACUUGGUUUUUUUCUAUCUUCUCGUGGGUACUUUUUUCACGGUUUCACAAGUUUCUAGUGCCAUUAUCACUAUUAAUUUCACUACGCCUGCCAUUUUCAUAUUUGGUGAUUCAACUGCUGAUGUGGGAACAAACUCUUUUUUGCCAAAAACCAAAAUACGAGCUAAUUUUCCUUACAAUGGGAUUGAUUUUCCUAAUUCUAGACCAACAGGACGUUUCAGCAACGGCUUCAACAGUGCAGAUUAUUUGUCAAAGCUAAUGGGACAAAAAAGAAGCCCACAGCCAUACUUGUUCCUCCUGAAAGCUGGUCUUAGAAAGCCAAUGUUUAGAGGGGUAAAUUUCGCAUCAGGAGCAUCUGGUCUUCUGGAUGUAACAGGGAAACACCUGAAUAUUGUAUCGAUGUCAGAGCAAAUCAAGCAGUUCAAGACAGUACGUGGCAAUCUAACCUUGGUAAAAGGAAAAGGCGCUACAAAAAACAUACUUGCAACAUCCGUGUUUGCCAUUAGUGUUGGGAGCAAUGACAUUUUUGGCUAUUUCGAAAACAGGAGCACCGUUGAUCCUACUAUUUUCAUCGCUUCUUUAAUGACGGCAUAUGAAUGUCAUAUUGAGUCUUUGUACAACCUUGGAGCAAGGAAGUUCGGGAUCAUAAGCGUACCACCAAUCGGAUGUUGUCCUUCACAAAGAAUUUUUAAUGUUACCGGGGGAUGUUUUGAGAUAGAAAACACUUUUGCUCGGGCUUUUCACUCAUCGCUCGAUACUCUCUUGAAGAAACUAUCUUGUAAAUUAUCAGGCAUGAAGUAUUCACUCGGGAAUUCAUAUGAGAUGACGAUUAACGUCAUCAAUUUCCCACAACUAUUCAAUUUUACGUAUGUGGACAGAGCGUGUUGUGGGGAAGGGUGGUUAAAUGCAGAAAAGCCUUGUAGUCCGAAAGCAAAUUUAUGCUCAAGCCGCAACAACUACCUCUUUUGGGAUUUGUUCCAUCCGACACAAUAUGCUUCCAAGCUUGCAGCCGAAACUUUAUACAAUGGUGGACCACAAUUUGUGACCCCGAUUAACUUCGCUCAGUUAGCAGCAUACUGA